CUGAGAUCUUGAAGACGGAGGAGCAGAUCCAAGACGACGCAUCUCCGGUCAGAUCCAUCUGGAGCCAUGCCUUCCGCUGUGACGACGGUCCUCCUGAUGGGGGCGCUGAUGGUGGCGCCGGCCUUUGCUCAAACGUACGACCAUGCGGGGGUGAGAGCGAUGUGUGCGGACGUCCAGCUGCAAGCGUGUGGCAACGAGUCGUGUGGCUUUUACCGCCUGAACGAAUACAGCUGUGUCAAAGUGUUAACCAUGCAAAGGACUUUCCCAAACGCGCAGAGGGAGUGUGAGCUUGCCAACGGUAAUUUGGUGACGGUGCUGAGUCAGCAGGAGCAGGACAGGCUGCUGUGUAUGAUGCUGAAGGUGUUCCCGCAGCGCCUCCACUACUGGGUGGGAGCUCUCAGAGGAGAAGAUGGUGACUUCUACUGGGUGGACGGAAGUGGCCCCGUGGUGUACGGCACCUGGGGUCCAGGCCAGCCAGACAGCUUCAGCCCUGAAGAGAAGUGCGUGUGGAUCAACUCUGGCAUCUGGGGUUUGUGGAACGACGGCCCGUGCUACGAGAAGAAUUCUGUGGCGUGUCAGGUCAUGAUGUGAUGGUUGGCGUGAUGAUGGUCUACUUGAGAGCACAACGUUGUGCAGACACCACAAUAAACUUAAAGCUUCAAAC